CUGUACCGAGCUGGGACUCACUCCGCCUGGGGCGUGCGUGCGAAGGAGAAGGCAGCGCGAGAGAGAAGCGGAGGGAGCCGUCGAAGCCCUCGCCUGAGGAAGGAGGACUUCUCAGCCUCCACUCCAGCCCUCACCUCUCCUGCCCCGCGGGACCAUCCGAAGUCAAGGGCGGCAUGGCCGGGGUUGGAAGCAGCGCCGGAGGCUCAGCGGCGCUCUGGCUCCUCUGCGGCGUGGUAUUCCUGAACAGGCUGCCGCCUGCGCGCGCCGCGCAGCCCCAAGAAGACACCCUCUACAUGUGGAUCGACGCGCAUCAAGCCCGCGUGCUGAUAGGCUUUGAAGAGGACAUUCUGAUUGUUUCAGAGGGGAAAAUGGCCCCAUUCACUCAUGACUUCAGAAAAGCCCAACAAAGAAUGCCAGCCAUCCCGGUCAAUAUUCACUCUAUGAACUUCACCUGGCAAGCAACUGGAAGAGCUGAAUACUUCUAUGAGUUCCUGUCUUUGCGAUCACUGGAUAAAGGCAUAAUGGCUGACCCAACUGUCAACAUCCCUCUUCUUGGAACAGUACCUCACCAAGCAUCAGUUGUUCAGGUUGGAUUUCCUUGCCUGGGGAAACAAGAUGGAGUGGCAGCAUUUGAAGUUACUGUCAUUAUCAUGAAUUCGGAAGGCAAUAUCAUCCUGCAGACACCACAGAAUGCCAUCUUCUUUAAAACAUGUCAACAAGCUGAAUGUCCUGGAGGUUGCAGAAAUGGAGGGUUUUGCAAUGAAAGGCAUGUAUGUGAAUGUCCUGAUGGAUUUUAUGGUCCUCACUGUGAAAAAGCUCUGUGUACACCACACUGUAUGAAUGGCGGGCUCUGCGUCAUGCCAGGAUUGUGCAUCUGUCCACCUGAUUUCUAUGGCAUCAACUGUGAUAAAGCAAACUGCACCAUCACCUGCUUCAAUGGAGGAACAUGUUUUUAUCCAGGGAAAUGUAUUUGUCCUGCCGGAUUUGAGGGGGAUCAGUGUGAAAUUAGCAAAUGCCAUCAGCCAUGUAGAAAUGGAGGUAAAUGUACUGGUAAAAAUAAAUGCAAGUGUUCGAAAGGCUACCAAGGAGAUCUUUGUUCAAAGCCUGUCUGUGAACCUGGUUGUGGAUUAUAUGGCACCUGUAUUGAACCUAACACAUGUCAAUGUCAAGAAGGCUGGCACGGAAGGCAUUGCAAUAAAAGGUAUGGAGCCAACCUUCUGAACGUCCUCAGGCCAACAGGCACCAAACACAGGCAGCAGCACACACCUUCACCUAAAAGGGCUGAGGAGAGGCAAGCGCCCCCUGAAUCCAAUUAUAUCUGGUGAACUGCAACAUCUGAAACGUUUUAUGCUACACAAAGUUCAUAGCCUUCAUUAACCUUUCAUUUGUUGAACGUUUAAAAUGCUGUUCAUUACAUUUUAAGAUUACUGGCCUGAAUUUUACUAGCUUCAUUAUAAACCACUGAGCUGAUAUUUACUGUUCCUUUUAAGUUUUACUUCUCUAGCACCAUUAUAGCUUCUUGUUUGCAGUGCUUUUGACCGGUUUCUUUUUGUACUAUAUUUCAAUUCUUUAUUAAGUUGCAUUUUUUUUCUGCUCAGAAAUUCCUCAAAACAAAUUGACCAUCCAAAAGGGGGAAUUUUGAAACAUUCUGGCCUGGACACACCAUUUUUUCUCCCCUGAAUUGUGCCUAGGUAGCUUAAACAAGUAGUAAAAUUGGAUUUUAAUUUUGGCAUGAUUGCUUUUUACCUGUUUUGUU